CUAUGCAGAAUCUGGCGGAGGAUUUACACAUAGACACAUAUAUGCGUCUCCUAUUUAUACUCGCCGCCAAUGGUGGGAGUGAUUUAGUGCCCGAGAUGGGGGACUUGAAGUCGGGUUUUGAAGAGGUGGAUGGCGUGCGCCUCGGGUACCUCGUCAUUAAAGGAAAGCCCAUGUUUGCCCUCUCCCAGGUGUUCACCGACCUGCUGAAGAACAUCCCGCGGACCACGGUGCACAAGCGCAUGGACCACCUCCGGGUGAAGAAGCACCACUGCGACCUGGCGGAGCUGCGGCGGCUCAAGGCCAUCCACAGCAUCGCCUUCCACGCGGCCAAGUGCACGCUCAUCUCCCGCGAGGACGUGGAGGCUCUGUACGCCUCGUGCAAGACGGAGCGGGUCCUCCGGGCCCGCCGGAGGAAAGGGGGCCGCGCCUCCGUCUUCAGCCCCUUCCCCGAGGCCGCCCGCCCGCCGGGCAAGUCCCCGCUAGACUACGAGCCGGCCGCCCCCGCCCCCGCGGGCUACGCCACCCUGCGCCGGGACCCCCCCGCCGCCCCGCCCGGACCCCGCCGGGCCCCCGGACCCCGCCCGGCGCCGCCUACGCCCGGGCCCGCCGCGGCGGCGGCGGCGGCCGUGGCCGGGGCGACCUGCCUGGAACGGUUCCAUCUGGCGGCCGGGGGCUUCUGCCCGCCCCCGCACCGGGCCCGGACCCCCCGGCCAAGGCCCCGCCGGCCCCGGCCCGCGCCGCCGCAGCCCCGCCGCCCGCAGCAGCAGCAGCAGCAGCAGAGGAGGCAGCAGCAGAGGGCACAUCUGGCCGGCUUCCCCGAGAGUUACAGCAGCGACUCCGAGUCCAGCUCCUACUCGGACCACGCGGCCAACGACUCGGACUUCGGCUCCAGCCUGUCCAGCACCAGCAACUCCGUGUCCUCCGAGGAGGAGGACGACGAAGAAGACGAGGAGGAGGAGGAAGACAGUGGGGGGUCGGACUCCAGCGAGGCCAGCUCGGACGACGAGGAGGACGACGACGACGACGACGAGGAGGACGACGAGGACGAGGACGAGGAAGACACGUCCUCCGACUCGGACUCCAGCUCCGGCUCCAGCCAGGUCUCGGUGCAGAGCAUCCGUUUCAGGCGCACCAGCUUCUGCCAGCCCCCCGGCGUGCAGGCGCAGGCCAGCCUCCUCUACCGCCUGGCCACCGCCGCCGCCGUCGUCGCCGCCCCCAAGCCCGCCGCCUUCGAGGAGGCCGCCGGGCUGGCCGACCUCAAAAGCGGGGUCAAAGCCGAGUCGCCCGAGGAGUGGAGCUACCCCAUCUGGGCCCCCAGGACACCUCCCGGCUGCUGCCCCGCCAGCCUUGGAAGUUGUUUUGCGGAGAUAAGGAACGAUAGGGUAUCCGAGAUCACAUUCCCACACUCCGAAAUUCCCAAUAAUGUAAAGAGAACUGACCUGACAAUUAACUGCGUGGCAGAGGGGGCCUCUUCACCUAGCCCAAAGACAAACAAUGCAUUUCCACAACAAAGAAUACUCAGAGAGGCCAGGAAAUGCCUGCAAGCAACUACUACACACUGUGCAGAUAACAAUACAAUAGCUGCUAGGUUCUUAAAUAAUGAUUCUUCGGCGGCAGCAGCAAAUUCAGAAAAAGGUUCCAAAAUCCUUCAUUGUAUUGAAUUUGCCACGGAUUUGCCCUCAUUACAAACUGAGCCUGAGAUGGACCCCGCUGCUGCAGCUGAUCCAGGAGUAGCAGCAGCAGCAGAGAAUCAGGGAUGGCCCUUUCCGCACAAUAUUAAAAUCAAAGUAGAGGAUAGUAGCACUAAUGAAGAAUAUGAACCUGACCUUGUUAAACAUAAGCUAAAAUGCGAGUGCAAUGAUACAAAGGGUGAAUUUUACCAUGUGGCUGAGAGUAAGGAGGAGGAGGAAGAGGAGGAGGAGGAGGAAAAGGACGCUUUGUUAACAGCCAAGGAAGAUUUUGCAUGCACUGAAAAAGAAACCACUUCCUUAAACCCACUGACUCAGAGUCAGGGCCUUUCAUGCACUUUAGGUUCUCCAAAGCCUGAGGACGGGGAAUAUAAAUUUGGUGCGAGGGUGAGAAAAAAUUACAGGACACUGGUGCUGGGAAAACGACCUGUACUACAGCCUCCUCCAGUCAAACCAAAUUUGAAAUCAGCUAGAAGCCCACGUCCUACAGGUAAAACUGAGACACAUGAAGGAACACUGGAUGAUUUUACAGUUACCAAUAGACGCAAAAGGGUAGCCAGCAAUGUAGCAUCAGCAGUGAAAAGGCCAUUUAAUUUCAUGGCAAAUUUUCCCUGUCCACCGUCACUAAUUAUUGGCAAUGAUGGGGAUUUCUUGCCGGCUUAUUCCUUAAAUACCACUAAGGAUUCCCAAACUCCUCACAAGGCCCAUCCUAUAUGGAAAUGGCAGCUGGGCGGUUCUGCAAUACCUCUUCCACCUAGUCACAAAUUCAGGAAAUUUAAUUCAUAACGUUAUUUUGGGAGAUAUUUUCUUGAGACAUAUUACCUUCCGUACAUUGUAAACUGCACAAGAUGGUUUGUACAAGCCCAUUAAUGCAUUACCCUCGUUUUGGAGCCCUGGUUUAUCACAUUAUGAAGACAGAAAUCGGAUUACUAUUUUCUUCUUUCAUUGCAGUUUUUUGGUGUCUUUUUUUUUUUCCUUUUUCUUCUUCUUUUUGAGUUGGGGUAAGGGUUGGUUUACAUUCCACAGACUACUUCAGGCUAAAGACUCAAGUGAAACUCAGUUAUUACGAUAGAGCUGGAACACUUUACUGUUUCAAUGCUAAUAAUGCACCCGGUACCUCAAUUCAACUGCUACAAAUAAAUGUCAAAAGGUUGAAUAAUAAAUAUUACAAUGAGCCAUUAAGUUUAUGCACUAGAUUUCAAACAUGGAAGUGUAACUGUUAAUUCAGCGAAAGUUUGUUAAGUUACAUGGUUGCACAGUGAGGAAUCACGAGGGUUCUGUGGUGGCAGGCUACUUUUCUGGAGCUUUGUGUUCGGUUGUAGGGUAUCUUCCCCCCUCCCCCCCUCCCCCCCAAGAGCAGUUGCACUUACUAUUUUUUCUAUGGAUUGGAAUGGUUGGGGUUGGAGACCUCUUGGAAAACUGGUGAAAGCUGCCUCAUCUAAACCAAGUAAAAUAAAUAUGGAAUUGUAUUUUUGGUAAAGGGUGUCUUUUUACUUGUACAGCCACCACUUAACCAUCGGAAAAGUCUUUUUUGUUUGUUGUUUAUUUUCACCCAAAGGUCUUAAAUAAGGUUACUGUUGCCCACUAAUGUCAUGCUUUGGUUAUGGCCUGAACAUGUCCCUUAGAAACUUGCAAAGCAACUAAAAUCCUUCCCUGACUAGCAGGAUGGUUUAUGUUCCUGACUCUUCACAGUAGAUAGAGGAAAUAGCAAAGUAAGAAAUAUAACCCCGAAAAGUAAAACGAGGGGCCCAGAGUGGCACCGAUACCCCAAACCAGACUCCCCAUGUCGUUCAGGUGGUUUUUCUGGUACCAGAACUCAGGCAUUUGAAUUGUGUUACUUUUUACUGUUUUCUGCAUCUCUCUAAAACUUCAGUAACAUCCUGUGUAGGUAACAGGAACAUUUCCACUGCACGUGACAAUCAGAGGUGAUUAUCUAUAUUUGCACUUACUAUCGAAGUAGUCGAACAUGCAGACGGCUAGGGCCUGGCCCUUCGUAAAGGCCAUGCUGGUGUAAUAUGUUGUGAUGUUGGAAGCAGUAAAUCAAAAUUAUGGAAAUUUGCACUGUUGAAAAGCAUGCUUUAGCUUUAUUUUCAAUUAAAAACACUGUUUAAAA